AUGCGCGAAGAGUCAGUGUAUUUCCGAUUUCUGAGUGCGGCUGCAACAGCAGCUAGCAGGCAAAAGUCGCGCGACAUUUUAGCAACGAAUUCAAGUGCAACGCAAUGCAAGAACUGAAUAACCAGAACCAGAGUAUGGCGCUCAAGUAAAGCACAGACGUAGUGGUCGACAAACCUAGCAACACAGCGAGCCUCCACUCUUGACAAACACUAAACAACCGUAGAGGUCCGCCCCACAACACUGUCAGGAUGACAGAGCAAAAGAAUCAGGUGACGCGCGCCGCGCCGGAGCAGAGCAACGACUACCGUGUGGUGGUCUUUGGAGCUGGUGGCGUUGGCAAGAGCUCUCUGGUGCUGCGUUUCAUCAAGGGCACCUUUCGCGAGAGCUAUAUUCCCACCAUAGAGGACACCUACAGGCAGGUCAUCAGCUGCAAUAAGAAUAUUUGCACAUUACAAAUCACGGACACGACAGGAUCCCAUCAGUUUCCGGCUAUGCAGCGGUUGUCCAUUUCCAAGGGCCACGCGUUCAUUUUGGUCUACUCCGUGUGCUCCAAGCAGAGUCUAGAGGAGCUGCGACCCAUAUGGGAGCUCAUCAAAGAGCUAAAGGGCGAUGUCAACUCUAUUCCCGUUAUGCUGGUGGGCAAUAAGUGCGAUGAGAGCACGGAGUUGCGUGAAGUGUCGCAAAUGGAAGGUCAGGCGCAGGCGACCACCUGGGGCAUAUCCUUCAUGGAGACAUCGGCCAAAACCAAUCACAAUGUUACCGAGCUGUUCCAGGAGCUGCUCAACAUGGAGAAGACGCGCACCGUCUCGCUGCAGCUGGACACAAAGAAGCAAAAGAAACAGAAAAAGGAGAAGAAAUGCAAGGAGACCAACGGAGCCAUACCGGAGAAUGGAGACGCCAGCGCCAGUGCCAGUGCCGGAGCCAGUGGCGCUGGCGUGAAGGAGAAGUGCGGCGUUAUGUAACCAGUUUGGCAAGCUAAAUUCGUGACAGACAAAUACUCGCAUUGGGACAGUGGCAGGAUUUGAGAACUCAUCCCUCACAGACACCAACACAUAUAGAAAUACACACACACAUGCACACGAACAAUGAUUAAACAUAUGCAUAUACAUAUAUACUAUAUAUAUAUAUCACACAUUGGGACUGAUGUUGUCAGAACGUAGCCUGCAUAGAUGGGAAAUAUAUUAUUAAUUAUAGAUGGAAUGAAGAAAACCAAAAACGAAACCUAUAAGACAGCAUUACGAGUAUAUUUUGCAUACAUAGAUUUGAACCUUCUCUGGUCUCUAUCAGAAUGUAGAAGGCAAUCACUGAACCGCCCGCAUAUUCACACCCACUUGCACACGCACACACACACAUAUAUAUAUAUAUAUAUAUAUACAAGUCAUAAAGUCUACAAAUUUCAUUUGAAUUCGGAAAACGUCAUCUGCAACGUAACGGCAUACAUAUCAAAUACAUAAGCAUACUACAUACAUAACAGGACAUGACAUACUCGCACCUACACAAUAGAUGUGUACAUUAUACAUAUAUCAUAAUGCUAUAUAUGUAUAUAUAAGCACAUAUAUGCAUACAUAUGUGUAUCCGAAAGGAAAAGCCAAAGUACCUACUUAAAAGACAUACAAUUUUAUCUACUUACUACCAAAGAUGAUAAGCCAAUUACCAGGCCUAACUCAUCACAUCAUCACAGAUCAUCCCAGAUCAUCAUUUUCACAACAGAUCAUGAAGAAGACAAUUCUGUAGCAUUUGUGGCACUGGAAUCGAGUGGAUCCAUUCCAUUCGAUUGCUGCAGACGCGCUUAUCUGACUAUCAAUCAAUUGCUGUAUAACUACUAUUUACCACCAAAA